UUGGGGCCAGGAGUCUGCACCCGGGAGAGGAGGUCCAGCCACCUCGGGCCUUUCUCGCUCUCCUGAGGGAGAAGAGGCGUUCUCGCCCGCCGCCAGCCGCAGUUAGAGGCAGGAGCGGGCUUGGGUGGAGGGGGCCAGGGCUGUCUGAACGGAAGAGGGGUGGGGAGAUCUGGUUACCCACGGAGCACGGCCCGGGGAUCCGACUGGCGAUUGGAAUUCGCCGUCUGUCUUUAUAGCCGCCAGAGUCCUUGGCAGCCCUUCCCAGGUGACAACCCUUGUGUCACCGGGUUGAGGGAGACGGGGGAUCCGCUCCGCACCUGCCCAUUCAUUCUUUGCGCGUCUGCGGUGAGGCCCGGCCGCGGUGAAAAAUUAAAUGAAUCAAAUGUGCUUUAUCACCAUGGAGAUCUUGGAGAAUCACCUGAGCACCAAGGUCACAUGCACUCUUUCUCAGAGGCAUCUACUGGACAACAGAACCUUUCAGAUGUGAACUUUAAUAAAGAUCAACCCUCACUCUUCCGAAGACCAGCCUGAAAGCCUUCAAACCUGUCAGGUGAUGGAUGAGUCAGACGAUGACUUUAAGGAACUCUGUGCCAGCUUUUUCCAAAGGGUGAAAAAGAAUGGCCCCAAGGAAGUGUCGGGGGAAAGGAAGACACAAAAGGCCUCAAACAGCACCCAGAUAAGAAGCAAACUGAAAAGGACCAAACCAACUGCUUCCAAGAGUAAAACCCUGAAAGGUGCCUCUGAGAGGAAAACUUGCUCUGGCAGCCAGGUCCCACGGACUCAAAAGCAAGGGGCACCCAAGUGGCCAGAGAGCGAACCAGCUCCCCCUGAAAAUGAGGAGGGAGGCAUGUGUGCUUCUGCUGUGCUCCCAGACAGCGCGUGGAGCACCCAGACAGAGGCUGGUCCUGACAGCCACCCUCAGCCCCCUCCUUCCGGUCUGACUGCGAUGAUGCCAAGUCCCUCCAAACCCCGGGCUGCAGAGCUGGUGCUACAGCGAAUGCAGCAGUUCAAAAGAGCAGACCCCGAGCGUUUGAAACAUGCUUCAGAAGGGUGCUCCCUCGAGGCUGCACUUGAAGAAAACAUCCCAAAGGGCCCUCAAGAGAUGAUGGCAGGGAACGGGUCUGGGCCCAGGCUCCCUGCCAUGGAAAGCGACACUGCUGUGGCCUUGGCCCUCCAGCAGGAGUUUGGGCAGGGACAGGCAUCCGCACACGACGACAGCCUGGAGGAGAAGGGGUUGUUCUUUUGCCAGAUCUGUCAAAAGAACCUCUCGGCCAUGACCGUGACACGGAGGGAGCAGCAUGUGAACCGGUGUUUGGACGAGGCUGAAAAGGCACUGAGACCUUCCGCGCCUCAGAUCCCUGAAUGCCCAAUUUGUGGCAAGCCAUUUCUCACCCCAAAGAGCAGAAUCAGCCACUUGAAACAGUGUGCGGUGAAAAUGGAGAUUGGCCCGCAGCUCCUCCUCCAGGCCGUGCGACUGCAGACAGCUCAGCCUGAAGGGACCUCUGGCACACCAGCAUCGAGCCUCAGUGAUCAUGCUGGACGUCUGAAGCGGAAAGGAGCCACCGCCAGGAAGGAGCCACAGAAGAGGCGGAAGGUCACUGAGCCCGAGGCUCCAUCCGAGGACCUGAUGGUGGCCAUGGCUCUGUCCCGGUCUGAGAUGGAGCAGGAGGCUGUGCCAGUGGCACUCAGGCUAGGAAACGCUUUUUCUGAGAGGAUGAGACCUGGAGCAGAGAAGAAGACUCGCAAGAAGAAAGCCCCCACUUCCCCCCCGCAGUUGUUAGUCCAGGACGUGGAGACCACAGGGAGACAGAUAGAGGAUCGCGUGGCCCAGCUCUUGGCAGAGGAGGUGGAGCUGUCCGGCACACCACCGCUUCCUGUGAGCAGAAUUUUAAAGGAAGAGCUGGAAAAGGGCAGCCGGGGUCUGCGACCGCUGGGAAGAAAGCAGAACUUUCUGUGGGAGGGCAGUGCCCUGACUGGUGCCUGGGCUCUGGAAUCCUUCUACACAACCAGCCUGGUCCCUCCCCUGGUGCCCCAGCGGCCCACUGAGGGCCUCACACAGGAGUCUCUGCUGCCGCCAGAGCUGCCUGAGCAGCCAGAGCCAGGCGUGCGAACGCCCCCUGCCAUCCACGGCACCCACCCUGUGGGCCACAGCCCCCGGAGCCCAGUGCCCUCUGCCAGUCAGAGGGAGCACCAGGCUCUGCAGGACCUCCUGGACCUGGCAGGAGAGGGGCUGAGUGCCAGCCCGUGGCCCUGCAGCGGGGGCCCGUCUGGCUCAGGAGGGGCCACAGGGACGGACUUGUCACCCGGCGGCCUUCCACUGACUGGGUUUGUCCUGCCAGCCAAGGAGAAGUGCCUGGAGAGGGGCGGCCAGGCUUCGCUCACCCUUGGUUUGCUGGUGGCCGACUUCACUGCCAUGGUCAACAACCCACACCUGAGUGACAUCCAGCUUCAGAUGGACGGUGGGGAGGUGCUCUAUGCCCACAAGUUUGUGCUCUAUGCCCGAUGCCCACUUCUCAUGCAGCAUGUAGACAGGGAAGGCUUCUUUGCGGUAGAAGAUGGUGGUGUGAGGACCCAGCGAGUCCUGCUGAGUGACGUCAGUGCUGAGGCCGCCCGGGCAUUCCUGCGUUAUCUCUACACUGCGGACACUGGCCUGCCUCGCCAGCUGGCCCCCGACCUGAGUGCUCUGGCCCACAGGUUUGGCGUGAGUGAGCUUGUUCACAUGUGUGAACAGGUGCCUGUUGUGUUGGAUGCAGAGGGCGGGCAGCAGAAGGAGCAGGAAGAUGAGGAUUGUAAAAGCAGAGUGGAGACGUUCCAAGAACUCCUGCGGUCAGUGUGGCGGGGUGAGGAGGAGGAAGCAGAAGCUCUGUUGAAAUCCGAGGGCCACGAAGAAGACAGAGAAAAGGUGAAUGAGGCAGAGAUAGAAGAAAUUUAUGAAUUCGCAGCUACUCAGCGAAAACUGCUCCAGCGGGAGAAAGCUCCAGAGACAGAGGAAGAAGCUGACCAGCUCGGGGAGGAUGGUCCAGUUUCUGCGGAAAUCGUCACAAGCAUUCAGGAUAAAGAACAGUCAGAAAAUGCAGAGCAGAUGGAGUCAUCUGGCCAAGGAAGAGAUGAGGCCCCAGCCAAACGGAAAAACAUCAGACAGUCCAUGCUUCUGCCCCCUGGGGACCAGGGUUUGAACGGAGAGGAGAAAGCAAAGCCCCCAAAGGAAGCACUGGCUCUUCCCUACUCAUCCAGCCCUGCCUGGGGGCGGGCAGAGAAGCAGGAAGGCACCCUUUUGUGCUCAGUUGUUGUUGGUGAUAAUGAACAGCCCUUUUCAUCACCUCGACCCAGAUACUCUGAACCCUCCCAGGUGAUGAAAGAUCACAAGGAAGGAAACAGCGCCAUCUGGGAAAGGGGGGUGGAGAGUUUCCAUCCCCCUGCUCACCAGCAGGCACCCCCCUCACACUCACACUUCUUCCCAUCGCAGCCCUGUCAAGGUAGGAGUCCCCGCCGACCACAUCCUUGCCCUCUUCACACCAGUGACCUGUCCCCGCCAACACCCCAGUUGCAGGGCACAUCUUCCAGGAUGGCCUCCCAGAACUCAUCACCAAAGCCAAAGAGGGCCAGAAGCCUUCCCACGUCACAUAAGGAUCCAGGCCAGAAAAACAAAAAAUGUAGUUCUUUGUUGGAAUGCAGAGGUAAAGGGGUCCUGCUCUCCCCAGAAAAGUCUCCACCCAUGGAUCUAACCCAGUCAGAACCUGGCUGCUUGAGUUCCAGGUCUCAGAACUCUCCAUCCAGCAUGAACAGAGAAGAUGAGGUUAUCCUUUUAUUGGAUUCAGAUGAAGAGCUGGAGCUCGAGCAAACCAAAAGAAAGCCAGUUUUGAAUGGGCCCUCAGAAGAAAGGAAAGUUCUAGAGGUCAGCACCAAGUCCUCUGAGUUGUUUUCCAUCAUUGAUCUCGAUGCAGAGCAGGAACCUUCCCAAAGUCCACCAGGAAGAGAGGCCACGCUGCAGCAGGAGGGAGAGGGACUGCCAGGAAACCGGGGCUCUGUGGGGGUCAGAGGGACCCCCCAGCUGUUCUGUGACCCCAAGAGCAGCGGCGACGAGGACAGCACCACAGAUACCUCGUGGCUGGUGCCUGCUACUCCACUGGCCAGCAGAAGCCGAGACUGUUCAUCGCAGACCCAAAUCAUGGGCCUCAGGUCCAGGCCUUCAGCAGAUCCACUGGCUCGGCCCAAGCCCAGAGCUCUGUUAGAGAACAGGGAUGAACCAGAAACCACGAAUAAGUUUUCGGUCAUCGUGCCCCAGACAUCGUCCUCACGCCUGGGUCCCAUCACUCCCAGAAGCCCUGACAGCAGAAGGCAGGUCUGUAGAAGCCCAUCCAGUCCUCACCCUAGACGCCACCAGCACUUUUCUCUGACUCCCUGUCCCAGUUCAGGAGGCCUCGCUGAUCUCACUGGGCAGUUCCAGAGGCACCUGUCCCCUGUGCCAAGCCCGGCGGGUCAAGCCACUGCGAGUGAAGUGGUGGAGGUUGAGGACAGUGAGGAGGAGCAGGAAGUGGCCUCCCAGCAGGCGAGCAACAGCACACUGCUGGACAGUGACCCCCCGAUUCCAGCCGACGAUUGGUGUUGGCACGUGGAGCCCCUCUCACCAAUUCCGAUCGACCACCUGAACCUCGAGCGGACCGGCCCCCUGAACACCAGUAGCCCCAGCAGUAGGGCAGGGGGAGCCCCAGACAGUGGUGACUGCAGCUCCCCAGCACUGCUGGGCACCACCCCCAUCCGAGGAAGCUGCACUGGCCGGAGGAAGUCUCAAGAGAAAUCCCCUGGGGCCGGCUCCCCUGGAAGCAGUAGGCUGAGCUUUCUGAACUCAGCUCUGUGGGACAAUUGGGAUGGAGAAGAACAGAAGUCCCCAGAGGCUCUUCCUCUCCCCAAGACUCCGAGCGCAGCUGGAGCCCGGAAAUCACAAGAGUUACAGACGCCAAAAGGUGCUAAUCGUAAGAAGAACUUGCCCCCGAAAGUGCCCAUAACCCCAAUGCCAAGGUAUUCCAUCAUGGAGAUGCCGGUGCUGAAGAAAGAAUUGGACAGGUUUGGGGUCCGCCCUCUGCCCAAACGCCAGAUGGUCCUGAAACUGAAGGAGAUAUUCCAGUACACUCACCAGACGCUGGAGUCAGACUCCGAGGAAGAGAGUCAGUCCUCACGGGUGCCCUUGGAGCUUCCUUGCAGCCAGACUUACACCGCCAAGACCUCUGAGGCUUCAAAGGCAGCUGGCUGCACCCAGCUGGAGGCCACUUCUGGCCCCAUUCCCCAAAGGUCCAAGGGACCUGCUAAGACCAAGGGCUCCCAACAUCAAAAGAUGCAGCCUGGUAGAAGCAUCCCUGCCCUGAGCAUGUCACCAGCCAAGGAGGGGCCUCCAGGCCCUCAUGGUGACACCCAGCCCCAGGCCUCCCAGGAAUCUGUGGACAGCAGUGACAGCUCCUGCAGCUCACAAAGUUCUUCCUGUGCAUUUGGAGCAGCCUUGGAGUCUGCAGGAGAAGAAGAGGAGGGCGAGGAGGGGGUCAGUGCUUCACAGGCGGCCAUCCAGGCAGCGGCCACAGAAGAGGCUGUGAGGCGUUACAUCCGCUCCAAGCCGGCCCUCUACCGCAAGGUCCUGCUGUACCAGCCCUUCGAGCUGGCAGAGCUUCAGGCUGAGCUGAAGCAGCAGGGCAUCCGCGUGGCCAUGGGGAAGCUGCUGGAUUUCCUGGACGCCCAGUGCAUCACCUUCACCACGGCUGCCGCCCGCAAGGAGAAGCUUAAGAGGAAGAGACGGAAGCCCGUGGGCAAGAAGAAGGGGGGCAGAACCCGCGGGCCCGUCCCUUGCUCCCCACCCCUGGUCAUCAGCAGCCUGUGAGGGCCUGCGGGCUCCAUCAGCAAGCCAGGCCCCCACGGUGCUUCUGGGCCUUCGACCACACCACUCCCUCUGUGAAUGACAGCCGCACCAACCCGAAUCGGCUUCUUCCCAACCCCGUAUCCUGGAGUGGCCUUCGGAGCGUGCCAUCCGCUGGACUUAGGGCCCCUGGCCCCCGCCUCCAUCGGUGCCCCCAGUUUGUCUCCCUUUAACCCCCUUGGGCCCCGUGUGUUUCAGGAGGGGGGUGGGCCACUGUCAGCUGGCCAGGCGAGCCCUGACUCGGCCGCAUUUCCCGCUUUAUGUCCACCAGUCACAGAUGUCCGUGUCCUGAGAUGGAUGUCUGGGUCCAGCCUGCCCCUGCCCGUGUCUUCCUUCUCAGCACUCUGCUGUAAUCCCAGCCUCCACCAACAGACCAGCUGUCCACAGGCCCCACACUGCCAGGCCACAGGUGCUCUGCUGGCCCAGCUGUCCUGCUCAGACACCUGUCAUUGUCACCAGCAGUCUCCACACUGGGCAGUACAGAAGGCCCAGCACAGCUCUGACGCCCCCAAAAUAAGCAUGUUCUUUGUUAACUGGUUCCACCAGUGUGUGUUGUAGCUGCCUGUGGAGCACAGGUGAGGGCUAGAAAAGAAGAAAAUUUUGGGUCUCUACAUCCUUGUGAAUGUCUUGUCUGUUUUAAAUACAGUGCAGUUCGUUUUAUAUGAUGUGCAAUAAAAACAAAAAGG